AAUGUGUAAAAAUCCCGUCCCGCUGCUGGAUGAUGUUUGAUGCAAACUGCCUGAAGGGAAAAUGACUUUUUGACACACGUGUGACUAAUUUAGGUGUCCGCGUGUCCGUGACGGCGCCGUGGGUUCCGCCACGGAAAUAUGAUGGAGAACUGAAAGUUGGUGACGCCUGAAGAACGAACCAAGAACUUUGUGGGUUUUUUUUUUACGGUUUGUCAUGAAAACGGACAAAGAUCAGCUGACGUCUGGAUGGAUUUGGAUUAAUAAAGUGUCUGUCACUGACAUGUCUGUGGGUUGGAAAUGCAGCUCCACGUUCAAUUCCUGCUGCUUUUUAUUAUUAUAGCGGAUGUAGCAUCGGCGUUGUUACACCACCAGUGUGGUGGAACUCUCCACCUGGACCAAACUCCAUCUGGUCACCUCCAUCUCAAUUUACCAGGUGUUCUUGGCGACACCAACACCCUGAACCCCAUAAACCUCCAGACUGACCCGUCCUUGCCAGUUUGCACUUGGAUGAUAAAUAUUCCACUGGGUCUGACGGUACUUUUAAAGUUAAUUUGGUUGGAAAGUGGUUCAAACUUCACAGUGUGCUGUGUUGGGGAUCAGGAAGAGCUGAUCCUGGAGACUGGGGGAACUAUCCUGCUCAGGAAUAAUGCUUCCCUAAAUUGGACAGGAACCAAUCACUCUUUAAACCCAAUUCAGCUGUCCUAUCAUGUUCAGGAAGAUGAGAGGAAUUCCUCACUCGGACACAGCAGCCUGGGCUCAGACGGAGACGUCUUAGCUUGGUCUCGGACAGGAAGCAGUUUUACAAGCGGGGAUCCUGCUGUAACGCUACAAGGUGAAGAGUUGGGGAGAGGGACUGAAGGGGGCAUAAGUCACCUCCACCAAGGUUACGGGUGGACAUCAGGGCCUCAGGCGACGUCUGGACCCACCUAUCAGGACCGAGGCCUCCCACAACCCCCCUCUUCGCUGCCAGGACUCACUCAGGCUGUGACAGCCGAUAGGGAAACUCUCCCUCUUCCUCCGGAACAAGCAAACAAUGGAGCGGAUACAUCUGGAGUUCCUCACCUCACUGAUGGUCCUGUGUCUGCCAGAGAAGGAGCACUCCUCUAUUUUCCACCACAACAUCACACAGAAACACACAUAAUGCAGACAGAAACAGAAACUCAGACAGCGCACAAUCUGAAAUAUGCAGAUGUCAGGAGCUUCAACACAUUAAGGGGCACGGACACACAGAAACCCACACCACGUACCAAUUCUAAUGGAUCCGGCUUUGGUGGCCGUUUUCACCGUGUUGCUCUCUCUGGGCUGCCUUCCAUGACAACCUCUGAGUCCAGCACCAUCAUAAUCCCACGUGAGGAAAUCUCAGUUGGAGAAUCAGGAGCCAAAGGAACCCAUUCCUGGAGGAGCCACCAAAGCACAGAGAGGUCACCAACUGAACCUCAGUGGGACAACUUGAGUAGUGCAUCCUCUGGCAUUCGCUCCACAGCCACAUUGACCCCCCAGGGUGCCAGCAGAACUGGUUGGUCACACACCACUGAUGCUACAGAGGUUAAUGCCACAGUGGUGACGUCUGUUUCUCCCAACUUCACACAAACUGGCUCUGUUGAUUCGGACGUUAGAAGUCAAAUGGCUGCUUUGGGCUCCUCUAUAAGUAACAUGAUUUCUCCUGACACAGCUUCAGCUGCCAUACAGAACCAAACAAGAUCUCCAGAAAACAUCUCCAAUUCAACAUCUCCCUACACCUCAUCCUCACUCACACAGUGGGAGGAGCACACACGAACGCCUAGACAUGUUCUAAAUGCCAUCAUAGCUUCAAACACCAUUUCCCCUUUAUCGGAUUUCACCGAAAAUGGUGAUCAGACAACAAUUUUCCAAAGGUCCCCAGUAACCCCAGUAGACCAGAACUCUGCUUUUACUAAAACUCAAGAGCUGGAGCAUUUGCAAACAAUGGUGACAAAACCUGACUCAAACACGCUGCGUCCCACUCAUGCACCCGACACCUCUCAAGCCUACAAACCCUUCCUGACAAGUUCAAAGGGUCCGUCUACCCUUUUGUCUUUAGAUGCAUCAGAUUGGCACUCAUCUCCAUCUUCAUACAUCCUGCCUCAGAUGCACACAGUUUUUCCUGAAAGUUCACGAACUACUCACGCCCGUGAUCCUUCCACCUCCUCUCCUGAUGAACCCACCUCGCACACAUCCGACAGUAAAACCACACCUCCACCCCAACAGACAUCAACAGUCAAAUCUCUGCACCCACUUCAAACGUCUUUACUUCCAACCGAUGUCCGUACUCCUCAGGGGGCGUUCCAUAGUUAUACUGCUUCCACACAUCCAUCAGUGACGACUGCCAAAACAAAGACUGACCGUGGAGUUAAAAAAGAAGGAGAGAUGAAAGCUGAGGGGCAUUAUCGGGGGUCUCCCAGCAGUCCAAGUACACUCACUCCCACAGCUGAACCUCCAGAUGAACCUCCAUCUUGGACAACUUCAUCUCACCGACAUUCUGUGCCGACCUUGCCUGUUUCAACCUCCACCUCACCUUGGAGUUCCAUACCUCAGAUGCCUAAGUUCUACGUUGUGCCGGAUCAGUCUGUCACCAUCAGAGUGGACUCCAUUGAGCUGCUGCUGCAAAUCAUUGUGGAAGAGUCCAAGUCGGCUUCUCCUGCUGGUUUGGAGGAAGACGCUGCUACCUGGAUGGAGCCGUACUUGCAGAGAGCUCCUGGCUUCAACCGGCUGCUGGGAGUCUGGAGCAGUGGCCAUGCAGUGCAGAGUUUGGUGGAGUUUAAAACUAGCGGAGUGCUCCAGUGGCUCCACCUUCCUGGACCAGCAUCGCUGUUGGAACGAACGGGACUUGCUCAGGCUGUUCGUGAAAGGAGGACCUUCAGAUCAUCCAGAAUCAUGAACAUAACCAUUGGAGGUCUACAAAGUUCUGUUUGUGAGUGGUUACUGCAGUGCGCGACAGGGUAUGAGUGCACGUCCCAUCCUGGCACUGCAAACUACAGCUGCUCCUCCAGCUGCCAUUUUGACUACUGUCACCACCACGGAAUCUGCACACAUCAUCCAGAUGAUGUUCCGGUUUGCCACUGCCUUGUGGGAGAGGAUUUCUGGUACAUGGGUCAUAGGUGUGACAUCAGGAUGACCCGGGCGCGGCUCGUGGGAGCGUGUCUUGCCAUCCUGCUCGUCCUGGUGGCAGUGAUUGCCAUUUUGGCCUUUGUGGCAGUAAGGCGCUACCGUGCUAUCCUCAUCCAGGCCAAAGUAGACCAGACUAGAAGCAGUUAUCGCAGGUUCAACCACUUUGACGAGCUGUCGAGUCGUUUCUGGUUGCGGUCGUGGGCAGGAUCAGCAGACUCUCUGAAUAAACCCACCGCCUUCACGCGCUCUGAUGAGUUGCUGCACAUGCGUGCUCUCGACCGCCCGUGCUGUUACCACGAUGACACGUUGUCGCUGGUUUCCACCUGCCCCAGUCACGGAGCGUACAUCAACACGAUCUACCCCCACAGCUCUCAGUAUGGUUGGCGUGGAAGCGUGGCGAGCGCAGGGGACGGCGUAUUGGACUCUGGAAAAGCCAGUGACCUUUCUGUGUGUAGUUGGCCAGUGGAACCCAUCCAGUGGACUCCCUUCCCUCUCCUGCAGCAGCUGUCCUCACACCGGACCACCGCUGCGAGGGCGUCGAGGCCGCGGUCCUACUGUGAAGGCAUGGAGCUGGUUGAUCUGGGGAAGAGCUGGACUGCUUAGAUCCACCGCUGUGCUGAUGCUGAUGUUUGUAGCUCUUUGUGUCAUUGCAAGGCUAAAAUAUUCUUUGUUUAAUAAAAAGUGUGAAUAUGUACG